CCGUACCAGAGGUAGUCACGUUUUUUAAAGAUGGUGGCACCCAUAUCAAUCAGCGAGCGGCGGCUCCAGCGUGGUUUGCUUGCGCUCUUCUUCUUUUUGCACGUCUUUUACUCCGCAGCGGGGGGCGAGGAAGGCGGCAGCACGGCCGAAUUCGACGUGAGGCCUGGGGGGAUGGUGCACUCUUUCUCCAAAAGCCUGGGAGAUUAUGCAUGUACUUUUACCUACGCAGCUCAGGGUGGGACAAAUGAGCAAUGGCAAAUGAGCGUUGGAGUCAGUGAAGACAAUUUGCUGUUCUCCUGUUCAGUCUGGAGUACUCCUGUGAAAGGGGUCGCUCGACUCCCCAAAGGGUCAAUUCACAGGUUGAGAACGGUAUCGCACAAGGAGGGCAAAUUCCGCUCGGAACUUUCCAAGCUAGUGAUAGUUGCAAAAACGGCCCACGAUGAACUGUGACCCUUUAGCCGGAAGAGUCUCACCUGGAACCGUAUGGCAGAAGAAGAGGGUGCAUCCACCUGUAUUUUGCCUGAUGAGGAUUGUCGGGUCAGGGUUAAGACUUCUCUUUUGUAUGCUGCGAUUUGCAGGCAUUCCUGGGUGUUCCAAAUCACUCAGUUUUGGGGUGGGCCAUCUGUUACCUUCUGCUUUCGUGAUCCGACAACUACAGAAAGUUCCGUUCAAAGUGAGGGAUGUGAGUGUGGGUUAUCUUCCGCAGUUACCUUUGUCAGUCUGGAGCUGCAACAGUGGAACAUCACAGAAUUCACCCUUCUGGUUCCUCCAGAGCAUUUUCAAACCAGAGGGAUUUUUUCUCUUUUUUAUCUUCCUGCCUCCUCUCUGCCCACAUAAUUUGGUUCAAUAACGAUGAAGGACUCCAACUUUUUUAAAUUUUCCUUGGAAUAAAUCAUAUAUCUCUUAAA